AUGGGUGACAGUGAAUUAUCUGCCGAAGACAAAGAUUUCCUAGCAAAAUGUGAAGAAGAAUUCAAAGACAGGUUUACAGAGAAUGAUGAGGAAUUCAUGAAAGUUUUCAAUAGAGAACCCUCCACACCACCAAUAUUAGAAAAAAAGUGGAAGCCUUUUCAUCCAGGUCGUAGAAAUGACCGGCGUAACAACAGAUAUAACCCUUACCACCGUGGCCAAAAUAACAGUAACCAAGAGCAUAGAGACUUUAGGUAUAAUGAUAGAUCACAUGAACCUCAUCGAUCAAGAUAUUCAAACUAUUAA